AUGCCCCAAAACCCAAAGUCCAGCGGCCCCACCCCCGGUCACCUCUUUGUCCUAGUCCAUGGUCUAUGGGGAGGACCAAAGCAUUUACUAGUACUCGAAGAAGCUAUCAAGCAUUCAUUUGCUGAUUCUGAUGAAAAAAUCUGCACUUUGCGCCCGUCCUCCUUCGCCUUCUUCAAGACCUACGACGGUGUGAAAGUGUGCGGGGAAAAGGUCGUCCGCGACAUCUUUUACGAGGUGGAGACACUCAGAAAGCGGGAAAACGUUCUUGUUAGCAAAAUCAGCAUUGUGGGGUAUUCGCUCGGAGGAUUAAUUUCCCGAUACGUCGUUGGCCGCUUGCACAGCCUCGGCGCGUUCGACCAUAUCGAGCCUGUCAUCUUCUCCACGUUUGCGACGCCGCAUGUGGGAGUUCAUUUCUUCCGGCAAACCAUUGCCGACCGACUUCUGAACUUUGUGGGGGGCACAUUUCUCGGUCAGACGGGCCGUGACGUGUUUAUCCACCAGUCGCGCAUCCUCGUGGACCUCGCAGACCCGGCGCAGGUGUACUACCAGGGCUUGCAGAAGUUCCGCAAGCGUCUCCUCUUUGCAAAUUCGCGGAAUGAUCGCACCGUAGCGUUCUACACGGCGUAUAUUUCAGAGUACGCCCCGUUUCAGCACUGGAACGAAGUCCAGUUGCGUUUCUAUCCCAACCUUCCGGAAAUCACCGUCGGAAAGCGCAGAGUCAAGCCACGGAUUAUUGAUUUGGAAAAGUCAGACUUCAGAGAUAAACCCAGCGGUUUCUUCUCUUCGCCAAAGACGCUUCUCAAGUUCCUCGGGAUUAUCCUCUUGGCGUUGGUCGUGGUGCCCAUCUGGGCUCCGUUGAUCCUUACCGCCUCUACCAUCGGCACCCUUUUGGCCUACACCCGCUUGUGUCUCACUCCACACCCAGACAACGCUGACCACUGGAACAAGGUCCAUUCGUCCGUGUAUAAGACCACCCAGCCCAUCCGUGCGGAAAAUGUAGCGGCUGGUGAGCAGCAGCGCAAGGGAACUGCUACGAUCGACACCUACACCGAGGAAGAGCCAGCAGAGUUGACACAAUCCGCGUUGGAGACGUUGAUGGCCGUGGAGGACUUGAGCGAGGAUGAUGAGCGAGAGUACGGUGAUGAUGAACGAGAAUCCAGUGAUGACUCGGACGAGCUUUUGAAGCAUCUGCCUAAAAUCCGGGUGCCGGUGGAGAUUGAUUACAUAAAGAAUGCGCCGCUUAUAACUGCGUUUGUCACCCAGAUCGAGAAAGCUGGAUCCAGGCGGCCCUUCCCGUUGUUUACCGACGAUAAUAGCUUGCCCUGCGACCCGGACCGUAUGUUCAUCAUUCGGUCGUUGAACAGGCUACAGUGGACGAAGGUUCCUGUGUUUAUCGACGCCUGGAACGCGCACGACGGGAUUGUCGCCCGGCGUGGCCCUAGAUCCAACCCCCGUGGCGCUGCUACCGUGUAUCUCUGGGCGAGCAUUAUCCGCGAAGAGUUGGCCAAGGAGUAG